UGAACUCUUUGUGUUUGGAAACACUGGCAUCCUUGGGACAUUUUCCCGGAUCGACUAGCCUGGACAGGUUGUAGGCAGAGAGGUUUGGACUAGUUCAGGAAUACCUCCGGCCUGUUGAUUGCUCUUGCCUGCCUGGCUUGCUCCCCCACGCCUUGAUUCUGCCAUUUCUCCACACUGCACUUGGGAGAAGGGCCCUCCAGGGCUGCAUCUCAGUCUUCCAGGAGGGGUGCUGGACUAGAGCCUGGUUUCACUGGCUACUCAGAGACCUGGAAACUUGAGUGUGAACUUUCUGCUGAUGGAGUUCUCUGAGAAGAAACUGAGUCAGAAGAGCGACGACAAACCCAGAAAAGUACGGUUUAAAAUCUCCUCUUCCUACAGUGGCCGAGUGCUGAAGCAGGUUUUUGAGGAUGGGCAAGAAUUAGAGUCGCCCAAAGAAGAAUAUCCUCACAGUUUUCUCCAGGAGGCCCUUGAACCAAUGGAUGGUGUUUAUGGGUCUGGGGAAGCCCCCAAACCCCAGCUGUACUCCCCCAAGCUGACUGCUCAGAGGAUCAGCGUAUUCAGAGACAGUGGCACCUACACUCUGGCGGGCAGCCAGCCUCUGUUCAAUGACUACAAGGCGAAUGACCAUAAGCCUCCACCUAUUAUAGACUUUGGGAAGAUAAUCAUCUACACCAAUAACCUGAAAAUCAUCCGAACCCCGAUGGACAAAAGGGACUUCAUGAGGAAAAUCCUCCAAAAGGAGGAGGUGGCUGAGGAAGAGUCUCUGAUGAUCACAGGGGAAAAUGAUGACAGCAAGGAGCGGAGUGGCAGCCCCCUGCCAGAAUCGGACCGCACAUUUCUCCAUAAGCAGCACACACAGGAUGGGUUGGUCCCUGAGGAGAACUGUCUCCACUGCCAGGGGUCCGGCAUUGCCACUUGCUCUCUGUGCCAUGGCAGCAAGUUCUCCAUGCUGGCUAACAGAUUCAAGGAGUCCUAUCGAGCCCUCAGGUGCCCUGCCUGCAACGAGAACGGCCUGCAGCCUUGCCGCAUUUGCAGCCCCUAGCCCCUAGCCCUGGUUUUCACAUGUGCCUUUCGUAUACUCUCUUACCGCACUACUCUUAAUAAAGCACCCGGCUUCCUCCUGCCUCUCACCGAAAGGGAGCCUACCGCAGCUGCAGUCACUUCUACCACUAGCAAAUCUCAAAUAACUUGAUGACAUUUUGUGAAGUUGUUACCAUCUCUACAUGUGCCUAAGUAACAGGGGCAUUUUUGAAUUAGAAUCUGCUUUGAAACUGGUUCUAAAAUUAUCCUUCCAGGAACAUGUGCAUGCAUCUCACUUGAUUUAGCUCAGUCUUCCCCUUGCGCCAGUGAACAAAUAACUAAAUGCACACUCCAGGCAGCAGGUUGAAGUCAUUUUCUGGGCCGGGAGCUAUUUUGCAAAAUUAUGUGGUCAGAAAGGAAUAAAGAAGUAGAUUUCCAACGAA